AUGGCGGCGGCCUCGGCCUGCUGCCCACUGCGCUACGUUACUUGCUCGGUUGUGUUGCUUAGUGAACGCCAAAGGCUAGGGAUCACCUUGCUUAAAGCACUAAUUGACCAGUUAUCAAAUAACAACUAUAAACCAGUUGGUAAGAUAGGAGAGGGAACAUUUUCUGAUGUUCUGAAGACACUGAGUCUUAGGGAUGGAAAGUACUAUGCAUGUAAACACAUGAAGCAACAUUUUGAAAGUAUGGAACAAGUGAAUAAUCUGAGAGAAAUACGAGCGCUAAGGAGGCUGAGUCCACAUCCUAAUAUCCUUAUGUUACAUGAAGUUGUUUUUGAUAAAAAAGCUGGCUCCCUUUCACUGAUAUGUGAACUUAUGGACAUGAAUAUUUAUGAGCUGAUAAAAGGAAGGAGAAAACCAUUACCUGAGAAAAAAAUUAAGAACUACAUGUACCAGUUAUGCAAAUCUCUUGAUUACAUACAUAGAAAUGGGAUAUUUCACAGAGAUGUGAAACCAGAAAACAUAUUAAUAAAGCAGAAUACCCUGAAGUUAGGAGAUUUUGGAUCUUGUAGGAGUAUCUAUUCUAAGCAGCCACAUACAGAAUAUAUCUCUACACGCUGGUACCGGGCACCUGAAUGCUUACUUACAAAUGGCUACUAUAGUUAUAAAAUUGAUAUGUGGAGUGCUGGCUGUGUUUUCUAUGAAAUCACAAGUUUUCAGCCUCUCUUUCCUGGAUCUAAUGAGCUGGACCAAAUUUCAAAAAUCCAUGACGUUAUAGGCACUCCCGCUAACAAAACUCUCAACAAGUUAAAGCUGUCAAGAAUUGCGAGUUUUGAUUUCCCCUUUAAAAAAGGAAAAGGAAUACCUCUUCUUGUGCACAAUUUGUCUCCCAAAGGCUUCUCUCUCCUGUACGCAAUGAUAAAAUAUGAUCCUGAUGAGAGAAUUGCUGCCCAUCAAGCAUUACAGCACCCUUAUUUUCAAGAACUCUGGGCAGCUGAUACACAAGCUUUGGCCAUGCAUAAAAAAUUAAGGUUACUAGGAAAUACAGCAGGGCAAGUACCUCUGCGUUUGUGGCAAAUUUCAAGGGAAAGUCAAAGACAGUAUUCUCUUAGGAAAGACCAGGAAAAAACAAAACAACAUGGACCUCCUCGUGGAGAAUUACCAAAAUUAAAUCUUUCCAGAGCAGCCAAAUUGACUCCAAUGUUGCAGUCAGUUUUCUGGGCACCUAAGGAAAGUGGUGAAACCCCCGUGUUACAGUCUGCUAGAUUUAUUGGAUCAGACAUCAAGUCUGAGAAACAGAAGGCACUUAAGUCUUCCCGAAAACAUUUCCACUUACCUGCUAUAGAACGAAGAGGAGGAGGUUACUGA